AUGGCUUCCAUGGGGCUGCAGGUGCUGGGCAUCGCGCUGGCGGUGCUGGGCUGGCUGGGGGCCAUACUGAGCUGYGCGCUGCCCAUGUGGCGGGUGACGGCCUUCAUCGGCAGCAACAUCGUCACGGCGCAGACCAGCUGGGAGGGCCUGUGGAUGAACUGCGUGGUGCAGAGCACCGGCCAGAUGCAGUGCAAGGUGUACGACUCGCUGCUGGCGCUGCCKCAGGACCUGCAGGCGGCCCGCGCCCUCAUCGUCAUCAGCAUCAUCGUGGCGGCGCUGGGCAUGCUGCUGUCUGUGGUCGGGGGCAAGUGCACCAACUGCGUGGAGGAUGAGACCACCAAGGCCAAGACCAUGAUCGUGGCGGGCGUGGUGUUCCUGCUGGCCAGCCUGCUGGUGAUGGUGCCYGUGUCCUGGACGGCCCACAACAUCAUCCGCGACUUCUACAACCCGUUGGUGGCCGCGGGGCAGAAGCGGGAGAUGGGCGCUGCGCUCUACAUCGGCUGGGCGGCCUCGGGGCUGCUGCUGCUGGGGGGCGCCCUGCUCUGCUGCAACUGCCCGCCCCGCGCCGACAAGCCCUACUCCGCCAAGUACUCCGCMGCCCGCUCCGCCCCGGCCAGCAACUACGUGUGA